UCUUAUCGAUGAAUGUGUCGUGCUUGGUUAGAUAUCGAUUGCUUCUGUAGAAGCUGCUGGUAUAGAAUCAGCUGAUUUACAUAAACCUAUCGAAACUCUGCAAUAAAUUGGUUUAUUUUUGUUUACCUGUCUUUUUAUCAGUGAUAAGAGAAAUGUCCACCCACGAUAUCAAGUUGGAGGUCUGCGUGGACUCCAUACGAUCUGCGUUUGCCGCCGAGGAUGGCGGAGCUUCACGCAUUGAACUGUGUUCGGCAUUGGGCGAAGGUGGCUUGACACCCAGCGUCGGUACCCUGAAAACCAUUAAGGAAACGCUCACAAUACCCAUUUACUGCAUGCUGAGACCACGGCGGGGCACUGACUUUGUCUACAGCGACGAGGAGAUGUGCGCCCUGCUUACGGACAUGGACUUGUUGCGGGAAAACGGAGCCGAUGGCUUCGUAUUCGGAUCCCUGAAUCCGGAUCGCAGCAUCAACGUGGAUCAGUGUCGGCACGUUUUGCUGGCGUCGGGUGGUCUGCCAGUGACCUUUCACCGCGCCUUCGACCUCACCGACCAGAAGUCCAUGGACGAGAAUGUUGACAUGUUGCGGGAACUAGGUUUCCGGCGACUGCUGAGCAGCGGAUUCCGACCCACGGCUGCCGAUGGCGUGGAUUGCCUGGCACAGCUGAUAGCCAAACAUCAAAGAGAUUUUAUAGUUAUGCCCGGUGCCGGCAUAAAGGUGUCCAACCUGGAGGAGAUCCUCACGGUCAGUCGCUGCCUGGAGUUUCACGCGUCCGCCUUGGACACGGCCGGCGAGGACUACGUGGCGCCCACCACCACACGAAUGGAGUGUGACGUGACCAUGGGCAAACAGGACGUGGACCCCUACUACGGAACCAACUCCAUCGUGGUGCGGAAGAUGGUUACCAUUGCGAAAGCAAUGAGCUCCCGCUGAAACAGUACUUAACCUAUCCCUAAGACUUAAUUUAUUACUUAACUGUUUGAUGACUUCAGCAUCUUUAUAUAACUAGUAUAUAGUUUUUACUUAAGUAGUCAUAUCCCUAAAAUUCUAAAUUUCAAAAAAAUAAUCAAAAUUUGAAUUGAUUUGAUUGUACUGCAACAUGAUUGUGGAGAUAGUAGAGAAUCCAGCUGCUCUAGAACAUCAUUCUUUUAAUGAUCACUUAAAUAAUGCAGAAAUGGUAUUGUACAGAAUAGAAGCAUACAAUGUAAAGCUAAAUAACCAUAUGAGGAGAUUGAAAGAACUGCUGGCCAACAAUAGAAGGUUGAUUGCGGGGCUAUCGUACAAUGAGCACAGCAUUAAAUCUAUAUUGGAAAACAAAGCUCAAGACAAACAAAUAGAGCGAAAAUCAAGUAAAAGAAGGUGUCAUCUUCGUAGGACUUGCAAGGCGACCGACAUCAGAGAGGCCUGUUGGACGCAAUGCAAGUCUCACAUGGAGCCAGAAGAGAAAGAGCAAACCCAAGACGUAGUAGAGAUCCAAAGGAAAUCACAAACGUCCAGAAUCCAUUCCGGGAAAGUGUGUGAACGGCAGAAAGGUGGUAGGGAGCUGAGUUCAUAUUACGAGCUAAGUGAGGAGAUUGGUUUCAAAGGUAGGUGUUUUAACAAUUUCUGAGAUCUCUUUCUUGAAAUCCAAGUAUAUCCUAAGUGAAAUGCAUGCUAAAGCUGGUCGAAAGGAUGGAUUUCAAAACGGCCACAAUUGCCAAAGUGAAAACCAUUCGCAGAAGGGUGUUAAGAGCAAUAUCAAGUCGUCAAAAAACCUCCAGUGAGUCAGAAGGAGUUUGGUCCCAUCUGAUACAUAUGUCGAAAAAUCCAUACCUACCUAUUUUCAAAUAAAUUGAAAUCUCUCUUAAAUAAUAAA